AUGACGAAUAAAUCAUUGAAAAUCGAAGUUGAUGUUUCAAUGUACGAAUCUAUUGAUGAAUUGAAAGAUUCACCAGCGAUAGAUAACAUUAUGAGUAAAGUGGUUGAUAUUUUGAAGAAAAAAGGGCAAAAAGCAAGUAAUUGUUCACUCCUUAAGUAUUGUAAGAAUGCAGUUUCUCUUCUUUGGUCUAAAAAGAAAGAAACUUCACCAAAUCUGUUGAUCGUUUACUUACCACUAAAGGUUCUGGAAUAUAUUCAAGAUACCGUUGUACCCAAUGUAUCUUCUGAUGAGGAAGUAUCAGAAAGUGGUGUUGAUAAUGAGAGUAUUGAUAAUGUUACUGAUUGUCAAUUACCAUUACCUGUUUCUAGUAGUUCUCAUAUUUCUUUUUCAGUUCGUAAUAAUAUGUUAGAAGCAGAGGCUUCUUUCGAAUAUCUUCUUGAUUAUUUUAAACAUUCUCUUUCUAUGAAUAGUAAAUCGUUGAAUUUUGACAAAAUACUCAAUGAUAUAUGUACAUAUGUUUUUAUUGAACUCAAAUCUUCCGUGAAUAUACGUACAUUGAAAAAAGAAAUAAGUCUACAAAUAAGUCAUAUCGUGCAGUCAGCACGAUACCGUGCUGCUGACAAAAGUAUCAUAAAAACUUUGCGUAUUAGCGGAAAUUUUUCUCUAGUUUUUAACUGUAUGAGUCCUUUGAAUAAAGCUCAAUCGAUAAGAGAAUUCUGCCAAUUUCGAAACAACAUUCCUUUAGGUCCAAUUCUUUUACAUCGCACGUUUAAUGAAAAAAAUGACAUUUUACAAUUUUUUCCGUUUUCAAACACAAUCGAGGUUACUUUUAAUGGAGCAUGGAUAGAAAGAGUUUUAUCUGCAUUCGAUUUCGUUGGAAUCAUUGAUGUUGAUGAUCUUUGUUAUCUUAUUAAUGAAUGUGCUUCCACAUAUAACCUGAAAUUAGACUUCAAUAAUCUUGUAGAAACACUAAAAACAGAGAUAUUGUGUUGUCGUACCAAAUCUUCUUCUAAUUCUAAUUUUCUUACUGUUGUCGUGAGAUGUAUAGAACCAAAUAAUGUACGGAAAGAUCAUAGUCAAAAUUCUAUGAAUGAUUAUCAAUCUUUACUUGAGGUUGAAAUGGAUAGUAUUGUUGGUCGUACAUAUGCUACGCGUGGUGUAAAACGUUCUUACGUAGAGGAUUCCAUUUCAAUUGAACCUGAUCGAAAUUUGUAUCGACUAAAUAAAGAAAUGAAAGAUAAACGAGAUUUGUUGCACCUAAAAGAUACGUAUCAUCUUACAGAUUCUGCUUUCAAUGCUAUUUUUCAUUUUAUUCAAAACAAAAAGAAGCUCUAUUCCUUGAGCGAGAUUGAAAGACUUCGAAAAGAAACAAAUUCAAAAUUUCCCAUUUUCUUUACGACAACGAGUGCUUAUGUUAAAUUUGAAUAUGCUGUACGUACUGCUAUUUUCGUUGCCCAAUACUACGAACCGAACCUUGAGCAAUUCGAAACACUUCAUAUUAGAUUCAAUAUGGAUGGGACCUUGAUAGGAAAUAAACAUAUAGUAGCGAUAUCCAUUAAUUGUAUUGAAGGUGGUCACCCAUGCCAAAUGGCAACAAAUCUAAUACCUGUAGGCCUUUUCGAAGUACAAAAAGAAAAUACAGAGUUGCUACGCAAAACUUUGCCAAUUGAAUUCAUCAAUGACAUUAAAUCUGUGAAACGAAUUUCUAUAGGAGCAAAAGAUAUCGAUAUUCUUAUUCGAUUAGGUGGUGAUCUGAUGAAUGCAGUCUAUGUCUUCGGCCUUUCUGGAUUUAGCUCAAAUUAUCCGUGUAUUUUUUGUACACAGCAUAAAGAUGACCUUCAUGUAACAGAAGACACAGCGUAUGAUAAAACUAUUUCAGAAGGAAAGGGGAAAAAUAAGAAAACAACUACUGUUCAUAUUGGUCCUACAUCUUAUCAUGAUACAUCUAAGCGAGCACGAUCUCUUUUUGAGCAGGCUGCAUGUUUACCUAAAAAAACAAACGACUUGGGAUAUAAAUGUGAACCUUUAUUUGGAGACCUCUUUGAUUAUCAAGAUUAUUGCAUCGACACAUUGCAUAUGAAGUUGAGAAUUUUCGAUGUUAUUUUGAAAGAUAUUCUAUCUCAUGCUUCACGCACUGGUAAAUAUGGUGAUGAGCACGUAGUGAUUCUUAAGCAAAAAGUUGAAAUUCUGAAUCAACAUUGCGACCGAACUGUAGGUAAACGUUUUUUCUUUCAAAUAGACUCAGAGAAUAACAAUAAAACGAUUGCUUCUCAUGGGAAACUUUCUGGUCAUCUUCAAGAUCUUUUUUUCGUUGAUAGCUUUCCCUAUGAUGACAUACUUCGUGAUGACAUUGCUAAAUCAGCUCGAUUAGUUGUUAAUAAAUUUAAAGAAAUUCUCAAUGAGAUUAGUCAUAAUACUAUAAGAAGAAAAGGUGUUCUCAAGCGUUUAUCUCUCGAGUUUGUAAAAGAAUUUCGUCAAAGUGGUCUACGAACAACUGUUACUCCAUACAUUCACAUAAUAGGAAAUCAUUUAUUUGAGUUUGAUGAAUUCAAUAAUCUUGGAGACUAUAACAUGCAAGGAGUCGAGAAAAAUAAUGAUCUGCUUUCUCAACUUUAUUUUUCAUCUACGAAUCCUGCCAAAAAUCCACUUCUUACUAUGCUCCAAAAAUUAUAUAGAAUGCUGGAGAUGAAUUUUCAAGAUGAAAAAGAGAGAGAUGCAAUGGGUAAAUUUGCUCGUACAGGUGUAUAUGAUUUUGUGGAAGAUAAACCAUGUGAAUCUGAAACGGAUGCCGAAGAUGAUACUAUCUUUUGUCGAGAUGAGAACGAAUAUAUAGAAAGUGAAGUUGAACGUGACGAGCAACUGGAUUCAUCUAUAAUAGCAACUGAAGAAGAUAAUGAUGAAACAGAAUUAGAAGAUUCCCUUAUAUGGGAACCUGAAAAACGAUUUGGCAAUACAUUCUUACCUCGCUCUCAAAAUCGAUUUAAAAGUUUCCGAAGAUCAUAG